CAGGAGUCCACAUCAGCGUAGGGCCCCACAAAAUAGAUACUCAUCUUGGCGUAACAAAAGGGAAAAUACCUAGAUUAAAAAGCAAACGAAAUUUACCUCUCUUCCUGUAUCGUUAACUAUAAAUGUAAGUGUCAGUAAAUCAUCCAUUCUCGAUUUCUGAUUUUUUGUCUUCCCAAUUCGUCCGGUGCCAGUGUAUCAGGGAACUCUUUCCCUCUUCCCUCCAAAGAUUUUGUAAGUACCCAAGGGUUGAAAGACUUUCACUGGUAUACGAAGCAGACAAAAAGGGCUUUUAUUCUCGGCUUUUUCACAGACAUGAAUCCUAGACGGAAAUUUUGUCAGGUAAUAAGUAUUCUGGCAGCCUAAUAAGAUCUGCAUGUGUACAGAGACAUGCGUAACAACAGAGUUGCUCUUUUUGAUGGCAUUGAGGAAGGUGGAAUAAGGGCCUCGUCUUCUUACUCACAUGAAAUUGAUGAGCAUGAUAAUGAAAGAGCAAUGGAAGGAUUGCAAGAUAGGGUCAAUCUUCUGAAGAGGCUGUCCGGCGAUAUACAUGAGGAGGUGGAGAGUCACAAUCGAAUGCUGGAUCGAAUGGGAAAUGAUAUGGACGCAUCAAGGGGAAUACUCUCAGGAACCAUGGACAAGUUUAAGAUGGUAUUUGAGACCAAAUCAAGUCGGAGAAUGUUUACACUUGUGGCAUCUUUUGUGGUUAUUUUUCUUGUCAUAUACUAUCUUACUCGGUAAUUGGUCCAUGGUGUAUUUGAUAAGUUGCAAGCUUUAUAUGAGAAUUUGCAAGACCCUUUUAUGCAUGGCUACUGUAAACAAUGUGCUUCCUGCAUGUAAGAUAUUCUGACAUGUUUGUAUAAAGAUGUUUUGGUAUAUCAAACAGGCCUUGAAGGCAUGAACUUGUUAGCAGUUAAUGUGCCUUUUGCAUAA